UUCUAAAUCAAGAAACGAUGGAGUUCAUAGAUGAGGAUGCAAGACCCAGAUUUGUAUUCCAAUCUCGUCCACUUCCAUCUUCACUAACUAAUCAACAAACCCAACAAAAACCUCUUAACAAGCCACUUAUCAUCUUUACAGUUUUCCUAUCUUCUUUUUUGUUUGUUCUGUCGAUUCUUUAUAUUCAAACUGAACCCUUUAAAUCUCUACUCUUCUGGGUCUCAAUCUCUUUUAUUGUUGGUCCAUUUGCCCCAUCUCAUAUCACUGGCGGUGACAUUCGUGUUGGUCAAGGCCCAAUCUUUGAGCCUCUUGAAGAAGAACCUGAAACUGUGAAUGACAAGAGGGUGCCAAAGAAGAGAUCAAAACAAAUCAGAUCUGAAGAAACUGUUAUGGGUUCAGCUCCAGUUGUUGAAACAACAAAUGGGUUGUCAAUUAAAGAAAGAAAGAUUGAACCUUUGACAAAAAGUGAAAAUUGGGUGGUGGCAAAUGAGGUAGAGAAGGAGUGGAAUGAAGAGGAUUUAGAGAUAUUGAAGAAACAGAUGGUGAAGAAUCCUGUUGGGAAGCCAAGAAGAUGGGAAGUGAUUGCUGAAGCAUUUAAAGGGAGGCAUAAAGUAGAGAGUGUGAUAAAGAUGGCAAAAGAAAUGGGAGAGAGGAAAUUGGAUGACAAUGAUUCAUAUGCUAGGUUUUUGAAGAACAGGAAACCGUUGGAUACAAGAGCUCAGGCUGAGAUUAGCGGAAUAGAGAGUGGUGCUGAAGCGAGGAAAGAUAAUGAUGGUGGAGUAGGGUGGAAUGCAGUCGAGGAUAUUGCAUUGUUAAAUGCCCUGAAAGCUUUUCCUAAGGAUAUACCAAUGAGGUGGGAGAAGAUUGCUGCUGCAGUUCCUACGAAAUCAAAGGCUGCUUGUAUGAAAAGAAUUGCGGAGUUGAAAAAGGAUUUUCGGAGUUCAAAAGCUGCUGCUGAGAGUUAGAUGGAAAGCUGGAAGUUCAUGGACUGUAACCAAAGUUUUGUAUUUGAGGAAGCAUUGGGGAGGAAAUAGAAAAGCUCAAUGGCUAUGUCGUUUCCUACUAGUUGCAAAAGAUUCAGUUUGCUUCUUGCUACUGCAGAUUUUGGGAACAUAUUUGCUGCUAGCAUACAAGUGGCAGUCUUGCUGAGAUUCAGAAAUGUUACUCGUCCAAAUACUACUGUCUUAGCUAUGAAAAAAUAAAAAUAAAAAAAAAAGAGAUCCUGACAAGUCAUUGUUAUUAAUGUCGUUUGUUUUGCUUAUAAUGCCACAAAAAAGCAUUGCUUGACAAA